UGGAGGAAAGAAAAUCUGAUAUCUUGGUGAAGAGAAGGAGAAAAAUGGGGGAAAGAAGAAACGAGAAAACAAAAAAAACAAGAACAGAAUGGCCAUCCAUUAAACCCAAGUCCAAUCUUCAGGUCACUCGUCUCAAAGGGAACGAUCUUCUCACUGUGAAAAAUUACUUGACUUCUGCUGAAUCGAGAGCUUUCGUUGAAGCAGCAGAGUCGAUUGGGUUUGUUCACCAGGGGAGUCUUGGGCCUACAUGGGGUGAAGCUUAUAGGGAUAAUGAUCGUAUCUCUAUGGAUGAUCCUGAUCUUGCAGAUGCAAUAUGGAAUUCAGGACUUAACAAAUUGUUUUCUGAUAUUAAGAUUCGUGGAAAAGUUGCAGUUGGAUUAAAUCCAAACCUUAGAUUUUACAGAUACAAGGUUGGUCAGCGUUUUGGACGGCAUAUUGAUGAAAGCGUUGAUCUUGGUGGUGGGAAAGUCACACACUAUACGUUGUUAAUAUAUCUAAGUGGAGGAGCUUUCAAAUCCAAGACUAAGGUUGAUAAGAAUGCUCAGGAUUCUUUGACUGAGCCCCUCGUUGGAGGAGAGACUGUAUUUUAUGGUCCAAGAAAUGCUCUGGUGGCCGAGAUACCUCCUACAGAAGGAAUGGCUCUCUUUCACCUUCAUGGGAAUAAAUGUAUGCUUCAUGAAGCACGGAAUGUUAGUAAGGGUGUCAAAUAUGUAUUACGAUCGGAUGUUGUAUUUGCUUGACCAUAUAUAAGCAUUCUCUAGUUGAUUGUGUUUUGGAUGUUUAAUUUUCAUGUUUCUGUCUUGGUGUCUGUCCAACUUAUGUUUUGCUCACGAACUCCAUUUGUAAGCUUUCACAGUUUUCAGAUUUUGUUUGAAAUAUCUCCUUGUAGAGUAUAACAUAUUAGAUAAGUUUAUAUGCA